ACAAAUUAAAUUCCAAUAUUAACUUUGCAUUUCUGAUCUCUCAAUUUUCUGCCGCUUCUUCAUUUUUUCACAUCAUUAUAAUUCCACCUUGUACCUUUCUCUCUCUCUCUCUCUCUCUCAACCUGCUUUAACUUCUUCCUCAACUUGGAGAUAUGGUGCAUAUGCUCUAGAAGGAAUAAUGACGUGUAAGUGGUCUAUGUUCGGUGAGUACGGUGUUGGCUCGACGUUAGUCAAGGGUCCUGUUAACCAAUGUUCCAGAAAUACUAAUAGGGACCAAACCCAUUGGAGGAGGAAAAUAUUGAAUACCUAAAUAGCCGUCAAAUUUAUCCUUUUCUUACUACUUAUAAACAAAGAAGAGAAAAAAAUUAUGCUCACUAAGCCAUUGCAACUAGCAAAAGAAUCAGAUUCAGAAGAGUCUUAUAGGGCUCCUAAUCUUUUGCAACGACUAUUAAGUUUAUUCAAGAAUGUACGCCCAGGAUCUGAUCUCACACGCUUUCAACUGCCACCACAAUUUAACUUACCAAAAUCACAACUUCAAUGCUAUGGUGAAUCAGUGUAUUGCACUGCUUCAGAUUUGCUAAGCAUAUGCAAUAAAGGACAGAGUCCAUUGGAUAGGUUCAUAUCUGUUGUAGCAUGGUCCAUAUCUACCACACGUCCUAUAUCAUUUGGUGUUGCUCCUUAUAACCCUAUUCUUGGUGAGACACACCAUGUUUCAAAGGGAAAUCUUAAUGUGUUACUAGAACAGGUGUCACACCACCCUCCAGUAACUGCACUCCAUGCAACAGAUAAGAAGGAAAACAUAGAAAUCACAUGGUCUCAGCAACCUGUUCCUAAAUUUUAUGGCACAUCAGUUGAAGCUCAAGUCCGCGGUAAAAGGCAAUUGAAGCUCUUAGAUCAUGGGGAAACAUAUGAGAUGAAUUCUCCUAACCUUUUCUUUAGAAUUCUUCCAGUUCCUGGUGCUGAUUGGGUUGGCACUGUUGAUAUAAGGUGCAUAGAGACAGGCCUAGUAGCUGAGUUAUCCUACAAAUCAGGUCAUUCUUUUCUAGGACUUGGUGGAAGUCAUAAAGUGAUCAAAGGGAAGAUCUUUGACUCUUCAUCCUUGAAAGUUAUAUAUGAACUUGAUGGUCAUUGGGACAGGACUGUAAAAAUGAAGGAUAGAGAAAAUGGUAAAGUUGCAGUGAUAUAUGAUGCAACAGAAGUCAUUACAAGGCUACAAGCUCCUAUUCUCAAGGAUGAAAAGAGUGUAUGGCCAACUGAAUCAGUCCAUGUUUGGAGUGGAUUGAGCCAAGCCAUAGUGAGCAAAGAUUGGGAGAAAGCAAGAGAAGCAAAGCAAGUAGUGGAGGAGAGACAGAGAGAGCUCAUGAGAGAAAGAGAUUCAAAAGGGGAAAAUUGGAUUCCUAAGCAUUUUGUAGUGUCUUACAGCAAAGAAGUAGGGUGGGACUGUACACCUAUUCAUAAUUAUGUAUCAGCUGCUCCAAUCAUAGCACUAUAAUUGUAUUAUGUAUUUGAUUUA